CUUCAGCAGCUGGAGCCGACAACGGGUUUGGAUCUGGAUUUUUGAGAUGAACUGGAAUAAUGCAGGAAACCAGUUUCCCCCAGGUUAUCCUCAGCAAAUGCCAGGAGGAUACAAUCCUCAAUAUCCACCAGGCACUGUCCCAAACCAGCCCUGCCCUCCUCAGCCUUGGGGAGCACCCACUCAGCCGUAUGGUCCACCCUAUCUGCCACGUGGUCCAGCCCCUCAACCUGGGUACCGUCCUGUAGCCCCACCUUAUGGAGGGUAUGGACCUGGCCAUGGUCCUGGGCAGGGACAUGGGCACAUGCAUGGACAUCAUGGGCAUCAUCAUGGUCAUCAUCAUGGACACCAUGGACAUCAUCAUGGUCAUCAUCAUGGACAUGGAAUUGGAGGUGGACUGCUCGGAAACCUGCUUGAACAGGUCAGGCAUGGUCGUCGCCACAAACACAAGCAUGGUCACAUGCACGGUCGUUGCCACAAGAAAGGAAACGCGUGUCACGGGUACUCCAGCAGCUCCUGCAGCAGCGACUCGGACUAGAUGAAGAUGAAGGAAACAAGACAAGUUGCCACCGGGAAUCCUUCACCCUGCUACCUUACA